CUGCCACGCAUGCGCAGUGUCCACAGCAUACUUUCCCUUCACUCCGAAGUUUCGCUCAGUGAAGGAAUCCAGAAGUCCGCCGCUGUCAGGCUGAAGAAGGAGGAGCUGCAACCAGUCCUGCGGGUUUUUUUCAAACCAGCACAUUGAUUCGCCUCAGCGCCUUGAGCUCAGAGCCCCAGGAGGAGGAGGAGGAGGAGGACCAGCCAGCUACAGACGAGAAGACAGCAACAUGGCGGACAUGUCUGUGGAGCAGAUCGCCAUGAGGGCCGACGAGCUGACUGAUGAGUCUCUGGAGAGCACACGGAGGAUGCGGAUGAUGGCGGAGGAGACCAGGGAGACCGGUGGGAAAACCAUGGUGAUGUUGGACGAGCAAGGAGAACAACUGAAGCGUGCAGAGGAGGGCAUGGACCAGAUCAACCAGGACAUGCGGCAGGCGGAGAAGAACCUGAAGGACCUCUCCAAGUGCUGCGGCCUCUGUGUGUGCCCGUGUGACAGGGUGACGUCCAUCGAGAAGGACUCGCGCUACAAGCGCACCUGGGGCAUCGGGGGCGAGGGCGGCGGCGGCGGGCGCGGCAGCGUGGUCUCCCGGCAACCGUCCGGCGUCCGCAACGGCGGGGCGGCCCAGACGCAGGCCCCCCCGCCGUCGGGCCCCUACGUGAAGAGGAUCACCAACGACGCCCGUGAGGACGAGAUGGAGGAGAAUCUGGGGGCGGUGGGCGACAUCAUCGGCAACCUGAAGACCAUGGCCAUGGACAUGGGAGGCGAGCUGGACAAGCAGAACAAACAGAUCGACCGGCUCACCGACAAGGCGGAGGUGACCAAAAGCCGUGUGGACGAAGCCAACCAGAGAGCCAACAAGCUCCUCAGCUAGACGGACCGGAUCGCACCAGCUCCCGGCCGCUCCUACCAACCCCCCCCCCCCCACACACUCUCUCUCACACACACACACACGCACACACAGGCCUACACACGCACGCAUUUGGGAAACCUGAUCUGACCUGAUGUGAUCAGGUAAAAGUUUGGUAACGUGUGUAUAAAACCCUCCCAGGGUCAGUGCCGCCCCUUUAAAGAGCGCUUUCCAUUCUCCCUCAGCGUGCCUUAAAGCUAAUCUGCAGUCCGGGUGGUUUUCUAAUAUUUGUAUCUUCCACACCAACCGCGCCUCACGCUCAUCCUCACGGGCGACAGUAGGGGCAGACGGUUGAAUGUUCUCCCACCUCUCUCUCUCUCUCUCCCCCCCCCCCCCCCUCUCAUCACCCUCCCAUCCUCCGACGUGUUGACGUUGUUGUUCAUGCCAAGCGGAGGCCAUACUCAACGAGUCCCCUCGGUGGGAGUUCACGGUGUGUCUUAAUGGUGUGGGUAAGCGUCUGUAUACUGCCCCCUGUUGAUCCCCGGGUCACAUGACGCCCCCCCCCCCCCCUGUGUGUCACUAACGUGGCCGCGUCCUGUGCUUUAGUCCUGACCUGUGCUUUAUUUAACUAAUCGAAUGCAGCUGAAAUGACCUGAAAAUAAAGUUGGACUUUCUUUUUUCGUGGCACACUUUUCCCUCACCCCGCAUCGUCAUUUACGCCGUUUUGUAAUCCCCAAACAUGCCCGUCAAGUGUUUUUUAAAUGCUGCACUUUGCGGCGGCGUGAAUGCACCCAUCAGCAGCUCGGUUACAGGGACACGAAUCUCCUCUAUAUAUUGUAGAUCUAUGAAAGCGUUUGGGGGUUUUGGUUGUAUGCGAGAGCUCUGUGAUCCACACGAGGCUCAGUACCUCCUCUGGAGGGCUUUACUUCACAACACUGAACACGGGGAUCCUGCCAGCAGUGGCCUUGCUGAAGGCGAGUAUCAAACUAGAUGCUUCUCUUUGGCUCCAAGGGCAGCUAAGGUCAAUGCUGUACUUUAAAUUCUCUGCCAGGUCUGUCAUGAAGCUGUUUAUUUUGUUUUCCCCAAUAGGAUGCUGAUGUACAUACUCUACCAGGGGCUGUGUAUCUAGCCUGCAAAUAAACCUAUUUAUCAAAUGCACCUCUUUAAAAUGGUUGACACUUUGUGUAAUGACCAUAUGCCCAUGGCUCGAAUGCUUACUAGAAACUCUGGUGUAAAAAUGUAGUUUACCCAAUUGAAUUUGGUUAACUACUUUCGGUAGAAUGAUGUGAUUUAUUUCUGUUGCCCUACUCAUUUGAACGAUGUAGCUGCCUCUGUUUCUGUUCUAGGUUCAUCUUUGGCCUGUCAGUCGUAGGCUAUAUAGCAAUAUCAAUAUAUUUUAAAGCCCAACCCUUUUAAUUUAAGAAAAAUAGCAGAAGUCUGGGUAAAGUAGCGCUAUAAACUGGGGAGAUGGAGGGAAAAGAUGUGGUACGAUGUCUCACCAAAUCUCCUUCCCUUUCUCUGUGUUUUCUAAGCAGCCACUUUAUAUGCGGAGCUGGAGCAAAAUGUUAAUAUCUGCUGAUGGAAAGUUCUCGAGACCGCACAAGCACUCGGACAUUACAGCCUGUGGCAAAACAAACCGAUAAAUAAAUCACGGAAAUGUUUUGCGCGUAAAUGUACCUGUUCCUGUUUGUUUGUUCUCUGCUGGGCUUUUAGGAUCCGGGCGUCUAAUGAGCAGCGACAAUAGUUAUUUCUGGUCCGCGCGUUUGUUGCGGGGUAAAACCCUCUUUGCUUUGUUGAGGGCAGAACAACAUUAAAUGCUUGUGAAGAAUACAAAGUCUUGUUCUGUGCUGGAUAUUUCCUGGGGUUACAGACCUCUGCUUCAUUUGUCAGUUUUGAUCUAACUAGACCAGCCUGGGGACGAGGUUGUACGUGAUGUUAAAACAUCAACAGAUCUACUUAUUUUGGGCGCCUUUUUUUAUACGUUACCUGGGGCAACUAAUCUGAAACGUAGCAGCAAGAGUGCCUUUUAUUGUACGUUCAUCCGUCUGUCAGCCUCUCUAUCUGUCCACAGUUUGGUUGUUUAUAAAUAAAAAAGGAAAUCUGAAUUUCAA